AUGAACGGAAGGGCCAUACUGAGCGACGCGAGGAAGCGCUACGGCAAGCAGCCCUACAGGUUGGUUGUUGACACAGGCGAAUGUCUCAUUCUGCCUCCUGAGUAUGCAGCAACAAUUCGUAACAGCAUGGAUCUGAGCUUCGCAAAGGCAAUAGAGAAGAACUUCUCGGGAAAUGUCUCCGGCUUCGAGAUGUAUGCUGUCUUGCUCCACGAACAAAGACUUGUGCAGAACGUUGUGAAGGACCAACUUACCAAAUACUUAAACGUCUUGACAAAGCCCCUCUCCGAAGAAGCCAGUCAUGCUCUCGACGUGAUAUUCGGACAGGAUACGGAAUGGAAGGAAACUGUUAUAGCAGAUAGCAUCCUCCAACUAAUCGCCCGUCUCUCCACGAGGGUCUUUCUCGGCGACACCAUGUGCCGAAACACGGCGUGGCUCGAAGCUUCCAAGGCCUACACGGUAGCAAGCUUCACCAUGAUUCUCAAGAUGACAGCCCUCCCAUCCUCUCUCAAGUUCCUCGUUCCCUGGCUCUCCUCCGAGGCGAAGAACGUCUUCAAACACGGAGCCACAUGCCGCGCAAUUCUCACGCCUCUUCUCGCCGAGCGUCGAGCUCUAAAAGCGGAAGCUAGGAGAAACGGCAAACCGGAACCGGUCUUCAACGACAUGAUCGAUUGGUUCGAGCAGAAGAGCGGAGGAAAAGGGUAUGACCCAGCUCUCUACCAGCUUGCGCUAUCUUUCGUAGCGAUACAUACGACCAGUGAGCUACUAACACAUGCUAUAACCUUGCUGGCGGACGAACCGCACUACGUUGCGGCAUUACGGGAAGAGAUCGUGAGGGUACUGACAGCCGACGGGCUGACCAAGGCGGCGCUUGCAAACCUCACGCUGAUGGAUAGCGCAUUGAAAGAAUCGCAGCGGUAUAGGCCCGCUGCAUUCUUAACAAUGCGUCGUCAAGCCCGACGCACCGUCGUCCUCCCCGACGGCCUCGUCAUCAACAAAGGCGAACAAAUUGCAGUCGACGGCUUCAACAUGUCAGACCCCACCGUCUACCCCGAUCCACACAAAUACGACAUAUACCGCUACCAGCGCAUGCGCGCCAGCACCGACCGCGCCACAGUCAGCCAAGCGCAUCUCGUUUCCACCGGUCCCAAUAAUCUGUCAUUUGGACAUGGCGCACAGGGCUGCCCAGGCAGGUUCUUCGCUGCGAAUGAGAUGAAGAUUGCUCUGUGCCAUUUGCUGCUCAAGUACGAUUGGCAGUUGGCUGAGGGGACGGAUCUGGAAUCGAGGUUCUUGUUUGGCGAGACGGAGGCGCUGAGCAAGGGGAAUAAGUUGAGGUUUAGACGGAGGAGGGAGGAGAUUGAUUUGGAGGGAUUGGCUUAUGUGUGA